AUUCUGCAAAUUGGUUUGUACCGAAAGAAUAUCAAGAGUUUAUAAAAUCAAGAGGGAGAUACGUCAACAUUUUACUUGACGAUGAGGAAUAUGAAUAUAUGAGCGGUCAUGUAAUUGAUGGAAAAAAUUUGCUAUCUGCGACAAGCUAUUUGGGAUUCGUUUGGAAAACUAUUGGCAUGAUAAAAGGGGUAAUGUACACAACGGUACCGAUAGUUUUCCGAGAUGUAAAAUUUAUUCGUGCUACUUAUUUGUCGAAAAAUGAUGCUGUGGAACUAUAUAUUGUAAUACAGACAGAUGGAAAGUUUGAAAUAACCGAAGGAGACAGCAUUGUUGUAACGGGUACAGUAUACGAGACAUUAAAUCCAGAACAAGAAAUGGUUCCGACAGAUCUAUUAUCGGAGAAUAGUGAUGAAGAUGAAAAUAUGCACGAGAUGUCUACAAAGAAUUAAAAUUGCGUGGAUACC